AUGUUGGUUGUAUCUGCUCAUCGGGCAUUUAAAUCCCAUCCGAUUUUUUUACAUGCUUUCGUCGCCUUUCCUUUUAUAAUCGAUUUUGUUUCCUUGGCUCCGCGAGAUAUUACACGCCAGUCACGGAGGCUUAACCUCGCAGCCUCCAGCUCUCUCUUACCAGUUAGGUUUGUUGUUGUGCGGAGGAAGGAGGAGAAGGUCAAACAAGACUGUGACCCCCUCGGUCGCCUUCACAGCGUCCAGGGCACAGUCUUAUUUCUUUGCCGAUCGAAAGCGGUCUUCAACUCGCCUAAGCAUACUCAAAAAGCAGGUCUAGAUUUGUUGGAGUCUGCUAAUCGAUUUCUGGGAGGCAAGGCAAUUGUCCUCUUGAAUGAAAUCUUGCUUCAUUCAAUAAGCCUGAGAUUCAGACAACGACGACCGGGUGCUGUGGCGAGGAUGACAUCUCGAAUCACCGCGGCCGCUGGUCUGCGGUCCGUGGCGUUAGGCAAGAAACUAAUUUCAGACUUUCGUCAUUUCUUUUGUCGGCUCCAGAGGGCUAAGGUAUUAAGACUGUGA